CUCUCUCGCCGCGCAACAAGAAGGGAACAUGGUGGCCUCGCGUGCUCUCGUGACCCUCUGCCUCCUGGCCUGCUCAUGCGGCGGAGCCCUUGGAUUUCGGCCGCAAGCCAGGACGAUUGGAGGAUCGCGAUGGACGGGGGAUCAUGACGUUGUCUGUGAGACCUCUUCUGGUAAGACCUCUGCGUCGGCGGCGUUGUGGCCGAGCAGCAGCAGGAGCACACGACGCGCAGCGAGAGGUCUAACGAUGCAGCAAACGGACGAGGAGGCUAGGAGAACCAAGCUGCGGCUUAGGCAGCGCAAGGUUGUAAACAGUCAGGUUCAGGUUCGCAUCUUCCUGUUCAGCUCGUUCGUGUUGUCUGCAACGGUAGGCCUUUUGGUUGCCGGCACCCGGACCAUCGCUCUCACCCAGGGCAUCGACCAGGGCCAAAGCAUGACCGAGUUGCUGACGAACAUCGUUGUUGACGUUACUGCGAUGGCGGUAUUUGUGGGUCUGGUGAAGCGAGACCUCGACGCGCAGGAGGGGCGCAUGGCGAGGAUGGAGAUAGGCGCUAAGCUCGCAGGGCUGAAGGUUCGACUACAGACGAAAGACGACCUGUCCACGGUCACACUGUCGGCGCUGAGGCGUGACCGCGGCAGGGACAAGCGAGUGGCCGUUCUCGUCGGCGGCGCCGAAACCGUCAAGUCAUCCCUAGAGUCCGCCCUGCCGUAUGGAAAGGCUCUCGAGACGAGCGAUAUCUUGAUCGUGCCGCUGGUUCUGGAGUCGAGGUCCGGCACGACCGGUGGCGGGGCCGACAUGUUCCGGGCGUCGGGGGCGGAGAGCGACCUCGAGUCGGCGGUGGGAAGCGCUCACGUCGCGUUGCCGGUGGCCCUUAACCGUUGGCAGGAGUACAUCGACAGCGAGGUGGAGACGGCCUUGUCUCAAGGGAUCGAUCCUCUCAAGGAGGGAUUCUCGCUGGUCGUCAAGAAAAACGGCCGCAUCGGAGCGCGAUCCAAGGGCUGCCCUCCAUGGGGCACCCUCGUGGGCGACGUGGUACGACGAAAAGAGGCCGGAAUGGACACCACUAACAUCUAAAGUCCAACCCGAAGCCCAGGA